AGCAGCACUAGCAUGAUGGCUUCUUCGAGUUUAUAUUCAAUGGUUGACUUCAAACUGUUUUAUUCAAUUGAUCGCAAGCUUUAUACCCUCCUUGUGAUGAACCUGUGGAGGGAUCCAAGGGAGUCCAUGCAAAUAUUGGCCUUAUGGCUAUGGCUGGAGAGGAUGGGUUACGGCAGUGUAGUAAGGAAAGUUCUUUCUUUACCUAAAAUUUUGAUUAAGGACUUGGCAGAUGAGAUGAUCAUAUGCCUUAGUUGCAUAACCAAUGAUCAUUUCGCUUGUGAAAAUAGCGAUAUCCCUCUGCUAAAAAGCUUGAUGGAGAAAGAAAUUUCUCUCAAAUAUUUUCACAAUAAUAGGGUUGGUGCAACAAUAGGGGUGACAAGAAUUAUCAAUGAGGUGUGCAUUAGAGCAUGUCAUGAUAUAAUGCAGCUCGCCAUUGAAAGAAUUACUGAGCAAGACUUACUAGAUACCAAGAAAAUAAUCAUAUCCUCCAGGACUCAACCUAAACUUGAUGAAAUUGAGUUUCAGGAUCAUGCAAUUCUGCCUUGUACCCAAGAAAUUAAUGGUGUUCAUCCUCAGGAUAGGACCGUGUUCAUCAGUUUCUCUAAGGGGUAUCCUGUACAUGAGUGGGAAAUGAGGGAAUUCCUGGCUAGCUAUUUUGGAGAUUAUAUCGAGUCUGUUUACAUGCAGAACGUCGGGCUGCAUAAGCAAGCUUCGUUUGCUAGGAUUGUCUUUCACUCAGCAAAACUUGUUCAGAAGAUUCUUGGUGGGAUGGACAAAGAAAAAUUCACCAUCAAUGGGAAGCAUGUUUGGGCUAGAAUAUUUGUGCCAAAACCAGCAAAAACUUCACUUCCGUCGCUUUCAUUGGUGCCAGACAAUUUCAUGCCCCUGUAAUGAUCGUGCAAUGUUCGGAAAGGAGCUCCAAUUCAAGCUGUUGUUUAAGUUCUUGGUAUCUAAUAGUUGAAGCUUUCAAUAGAUCGUUAAAUAAAGAAUUGGAGAUCUAUAUAUUCUAUUGUUGUUUUAUAAAGUUAACUAUGAUCUAUGAUCUAUUUUGUGAA